CCAAUUAAUUCAAGCUGUCUCUGGACGCAGUAAUGAGAAAGAACCAAUGACAAUCCGAAAAGUGCCCAUUGACAGCGAAUCACUUUUAUCUAGCUAGUAGUACGCUGUAUCUCAGCUUGCUGAUUGAGGAUAGAAGACGCGUUUGUUCGAGGCGUUAGAUAGAUGGAAGCAGGAGCUGCCACAGACGCAAACAUCAAUGCAGCAAGAACGUGGAAGAAUCAUUGAAUAUCAAUCAAAUUCUGGCCCUCAAAUUCAGCAUUUUCUACCGCCAGAGAAAGAAAAAGAACAUGCUGCUGAAUUUCAUUUUCACAUUCAACUCCUUCCGCACAACAAAAUAAUAAAUGAGCAACCGAGAGAUCCGCGUCCUCAAUGUGGCGGAAAAGCCCAGCGUGGCUCGAGCUUUGGCAGGAGUGUUUAGUGGGAUGCAAGGCAGUCGACAACACGGAGGACCGAGACGAGAGGCGGCACAGAUUUUCGAGCAUCACAACGUUCGCUUUCCAGAGAUUUUUCGCCAAGGAAAUGGACAGCGAAGCAAUGCGCCUAUCAAAGCGCACACAAUGAUCACAACAUCAGUUCGCGGGCAUUUGUCCAAUCGCGAUUUUCCGGAUGGCUUUGGCUGGAGUGCCUGUGAUCCUGGGGAAUUGUUUCAUGCUCCAUUGGAAAUUUCCUACAAGGGAGACAUGAAUGCACUGCAACGAAUGUUGGGAAAUUUGGCACGGAAUUGUCAGGCUGUGAUUCUGUGGCUGGAUUGUGAUCGGGAGGGAGAAGCGAUUGCUGAUGAAGUGAGGACAGUUUGUCUAGAAAAGAAUCAACGACUUAGCCCGCACAUGUUCCGUCCCAAAUUCUCUACAGUGCUGCCAGGCGAAAUUCAAAGGGCCCUUCAAUCGCUGGGAAGAGUCAACGAAAAUUUUGUGGAUGCUGUCAACGCCAGAAGUGAGCUGGAUUUGAGGGUAGGGGCGGCAUUCUCUCGCUUUCAAACUCUUCGACUCCAGAAAAAGUUUUCGGGGUUUUCUGAACAAGUUGUCUCCUAUGGCCCCUGCCAAUUUCCUACGCUGGGUUUCAUUGUCGAGAGGUGGGCUCGCAUGGAAACCUUUGUUUCUGAAAAAUUCUGGUCCAUAGAGCUCCGUAUUACCGUGCCGGUCCCAGGCGCUGACAAUGAUCAAAACGUCAAUCCACAACCAGGGCGGACAAGAUCCAUAGAAUUCACCUGGAAGAGAGGUCGUUUAUAUGACCGACUCAUGACACUUGUGCUCUACGAGUCCUGUAUGGAUGCCAGAGAUCAGGCUACUGUCAUUGAUCUGAGGGGCACCCAGAAAAAGAAAUGGCGACCCGUACCCUUGUCGACAGUGGAACUGCAGAAACGAGCUUCCCGAUUCCUGCGCAUUGGCAGUGAGACACUCAUGGCGGCGGCGGAGAGCCUUUACAAUAACGGCUACAUUAGCUAUCCGCGUACCGAAACAGAGGUCUUUCGACAAGAGUUUCAACACAGGCCCCUGAUCCAAGAUCUUGCCGGCAAUGGCGGAGAAUUCCGGCAGUAUGCAUCCAAAUUGCUCUCGAACAAUGGCCAACACUUUCAAAAUCCUAGGGCCGGACGAAACGACGACAAGGCGCAUCCUCCCAUUACGCCUUGCAAAGCUGUGGAUCCCGCAACUAUCCCGGAUACGACGCAACGCAGCAUUUACAAACUGAUCGUCCAACACUAUCUUGCAUGCUGUUCCAAGGACGCCGUUGGAAAGGAGACUCAACUCAUUGUCCGCAUUGGCACGGAGGAUUUUACAGCCAAAGGGCUGAUGAUUGUGGAACGCAAUUGGCUCGAGGUCUACCACCCUCAUGAACGGUGGUCAACGCAGCAAGGAGAACUUCCAGAACUUGAAAUAGGAAGCCGCAUUGUACCUUCUACGUUGACCAUGAAGGAAGGAGAGACGACUCCUCCCCAGCCCUUGACGGAAGCAGAGCUCAUUGCGCUCAUGGAUCGUCACGGUAUUGGGACCGAUGCGACCAUUGCGGCGCACAUCACUACAAUUCAGGAACGCCAGUAUGCCACGAAAGACGCUGGUCAGCGGUUCUUGCCGUCGCCGCUCGGCAUUGCCCUCGUUGAAGGAUACAACAGCAUGGGAUAUCAGCUGAACAAACCGGAUUUACGACGCGAGGUCGAGGCCGAAUGCAACCAAGUUGCUGCAGGGACCAAGCAAAAGGCGGAAAUUAUGAAUCGGAUCCUGGAGAAAAUGCGUCAGAUAUUCAUGGCAGCUCGUGCGGAAGCCACCAAACUUGAUGCUGCCGUGGGGCGUCGUUUCUCGCGUGUUGGGGUCGGGAACCAGGCUUCACAGGUUGUGAAGCAGCAGUUCAGUCUCUGUGGUACCUGCAGUUCCAUGAUGAGUCUGAAGCAGGAGAAUAGCAACAAUCAUCAAAACAACAACAAUAACAACCGUAACAACAAUCGUGUAACGCGAAGACCCCUGUUGUUGUAUUGCCAGACAUGCUCCGAAGGGUUUCGGCUUCCGGUUCGAGGGAAAGUGGUGCCGAAGAGGCAGGGGGAGAAUGGAGGUCCACCGUUCAAAUGCCCCAUCUGUUCGUAUCAAGUCAUCGACAUACAGAAAGGAGAGGGAUACGACGGAAACGGUUACUCCAUGUGCCCCAAGUGCUACCAUGAUCCUCCAAUCGAACACGGUGGUAUCUCGAAUGAUAGCGGCUUUCGCUGCUUCCAAUGCACCCACCCUACGUGUUCACUGGCUGCCGGAACAUCAGGAUCUGGGAUAGAUGUUUUCCCUUGUCCAUUCUGCUCCCAAGCCAGCCGACAGAACAAUCAGAAUGCUGUCGGACAAGUAAGGCUGAAAUCAACACAACGAGGUUCGACAAUGCUCUCCUGCAGCAACUACUCCAAAACUCCAAAAUGCACGUACGUUAUUUGGUUGCCCAACGCAGCGUCUAAAGUCGAAGUGGAGGAGGCUUCUUGCGCUUCGUGUUCAACCAAUGGGAGAUCGGUCCGCAAGCUGAAGUUCACAUGGAAGUCGGGAAGUGUUCCUCCUCCGUACGACAGGGAAACGAUUGCUUGCGUUUUGUGUGAUGCUUGUUUUCGGCAAGAUUUUGACUUCUCUCUGCCGCAAGUCCGCCCCAACCAGAGAGGGGGGACCGGUCAACGCGGGGGACCAGGAAGGGGUCAUGGCCGCGGUCGUGGUGGUCGAGGUGGGCGUCGCACCAACAGCCGUGGCUCCGGGAGGUGAAGUGGUUGGCUACAGGUCAAUACUUUAUCGGAAAAUGAAUUACAUGCAGAACGACGCGGGACGAUUGAAUAUACACUGCAAAGGAGUGGAAUGAAGUGAAUGGCAACGAGCGGCUAGACCAUACCGGUAGCAUCAAAUCUACGACAAGACCUGUGGAGCCUUUUCCCUGCCCCGUACCGCUACCGUACGGUACCGGUAUGGAGGUUGGAUCGAAUUUCACUUUUGUACUGGCACCGGAUACUGCAUCUUACUUACUUUUACUCUGGUAGUUGCACGACCCCAAACUUGCAGCUUGCAGCGCCAGUCAGUCCUACCACUAUACCAAUGCAUGAGUGCGAACUAGAUUCUGUCGCUGCAUGGGUUGACUUUCAUGUCAGUCCAUUGAACGCACGUUCCAGGUUGCAUCGUAAACCAAGGGGAUAUCAUUCCGUGCGGUACUCUAACUACUACCGAGCAAUUCGGAGGAAUUUCCCUUGCAUUGCUGUCGUUUUCACGGAAUGGGACUCGUAACAAUCGCUACAUUAGGUAUAUCCCCCCUCGUACAAAUGCAUGCUCGGAAGACUUCCGCGUAUGCAAGCUGCUUGCAAGAGUAUCUUCUAAGCUCUUUCGUCCUCCAAAAAGAUUGCUUUAGACAUUGCAUUGGCUCCCGCAGAGAGGGUCGUGUAGACACUUUUCCUUUGUUGAUUCUUGCGGAAGACGACGAAAGAGCUCGCUUCGAGCAACGAUUGAGGAAGCUGCGCACGCAACUGCUCGAAGAUGUGUCCAAAGCUCCGACAAUGACGUCGUCUGGUUAUCGAAGCAAUAGUUUGCCAAAUUCGUCCAUUAAUUAAUUCAAUUCAAAACGAUUAAAAAAGGGU